AUGUCGGGGAGAGCUGCCAAGAGGCAAAGGAGGGGGCAACCCGAAGAAGAGAAAGCUGAAACGAUUGAGGCCUUCACAUCAACCGAGGAGUUUGUCGAGAGGCAGGGUGCUGAUCUACAGAAUGCGCUCCAUCUCACAGCAGAUCAUACAGCUUUGUUCGCCCAGCUACAGAGCCCUGACAAAGAGCUUCAGGGGCAAGGCAUGAACCAAAUCAUCACUUACAAGGCAGCUUGUGACAAGGCGUCUUCUACAAUCCAAGAAAUACAGGCCAAUGCCGAACAAAGCAUUGAGGAAAAGAGGGCUGAGCUCGAAGAGAAGAAGAAAGAACUAGAGAAGCUCAUGGACAAAAAGAAGAAAUUGGACUCACUGGCGGGCAGCAUCCAACAGACAAAGACUAUCCUGGAAAUUGGGGAAACAGUAGCGACCAACGCCGCCGCUGAAGAUGAAGAUGAAAGCGGGGAUGAAAGUAGUGAGGAUGAACUUGCCAUUCCUCCACAGAUGAUGAUGCUGCUGGGGUCAGCUGACAAUUUCACAUUGGGAGUCAUCAACACUUUUCUGGAUCUAUACUCUCUGUUUCAAUGGGGCCGGGUAGUUGUGGGGUUGGAAUCAUCACUGAGUGACAAACUAGUAGACCAAGAAAACCAGCCAGAAUCAAGGCUCAGCGUUGCUCAUGAGAUUGGUAUGGCUAUUUUCAAUCACACCGUGCUACCGAAGCAGGGUUAUCUUCCCUGUGGAGACCUGGGCGAACUAUUCCUCGAUGUCGAUGAUGAAACUGUGGAAGAGGAGGAGUCAAUAGAAUCACAAGGCAGUAUGCAAUUUCAGAGCCUUGCCUGGCAACAAAAGUAUCAGGCAGCGCGAGCACUUCUACACGCAACAACGAGCUCCUGCUACGCCUAUCAUGAUUUGGAAAAAUGCUUUGAGGACGCAGGUACAUUCAAUUAUUCCCAAUUUGUGCUCAUGUGUUCAAUGCUCGAUGAGCUUCGCAGACAAAUGUACUAUUGCACUAUCGAAAGUUCAGAUGGCUAUGGUUGGCCAUUUUUCACAAUGCAGUCUGUGGUAGACGCAGCUCAUUUUCUGAACAUUCAUUUCUCGGCUCCGUUGGAAACUCAGUACCAGUUCACGCCAAUCAAGAGAGACAAUUCGCGCUCCGAACCGUACCCGUACGAUUACAAAAACCUAGGAACUUCCAAUGGAAGGCUGACAUUGAGGGACUUGGCGUGCAUGAAUCCAAGAGUAGUGAGAGCUGCAGCGUCGUCCGGAGUUGGAUAG